CAGUUUAUUUGGCUGUGCGGAUGAGGUGUAUUUAUAGGAAGCCUUGAGUGGAAGCGCUUUUACUCGUGGAGACUCGGGGCUUCGCGGCGGGACGCUGGACUAGGGGACAUUCGAUCAAAAUAGUGGCUCUAUAUAUGCGGUAGUGAGAAUAAUCGUAAAAACAUGGACGUGUUGGGAGUUCUAAAUUUGGGCGAAAUCGCCCAAUAUUUCUCAAAAAUGGCAAUGUUUCCUGUUUUUGACGUUGCUUAUUACAUCGUGUCCAUACUGUACCUCAAGUAUGAACCAGGGUCCGUGGAGGUCUCCCGCAGGAGUCCCGUGGCUUCCUGGCUCUGUGCCAUGCUCUACUGCUUUGGGAGCUACAUCCUAGCGGACGUCAUGCUUGGCGCUUCUCCCAUUGACUAUUUCCACAACAACAGCCACGUCCUUCUGGCCACAGCUGUCUGGUACCUCGUCUUCUACUGCCCACUCAACCUGUUCUACAAAUGCGUGGCCUUCAUGCCAGUGAAGCUGGUGCUGGUGGCUCUGAAGGAGGUAGUCCGCACCCGUAAGAUCGCCGCCGGGGUGCACCACGCCCAUCACGCCUACCACCAUGGCUGGUUCAUCAUGGUCAUCACCGGUUACGUUAAAGGCUCCGGAGUGGCCCUGAUCUCCAACUUUGAGCAGCUGCUGCGUGGGGUCUGGAAACCCGACAGCAACGAGAUCCUGAACAUGUCGUUCCCGACUAAAGCCAGUCUGUACGGAGCCAUUUUGUUCACCCUCCAAGAAACGCACUGGCUGCCCAUCUCCAAGAGCCUCCUCAUCUGCCUCUUCACUCUGUUCAUGGUCACCUCCAAGGUGUUCAUGACCGCCCGUCACUCCCACGGCUCGCCCUUCGCCCUGGUGGAGUCCUGGGUGUGCCACCUGCUGUUCCACUCCCCGCUCGGCUGUGACGACUCCCACGACCACCACCACCACCCCGCGGCCGCCGCGCCCGCCGCGUCUCCCGCCAAGACCAAGGAGGAGCUGAACGAGGGCACCCGCAAGAGGAAGUCCAAGAAGGCGGAGUAGACGACGCCGUCCCCGCCGACGGAUCGACGGAAGGGUCCUCACCUGGCCUGGCAUGAACGACAACCGCAAACUACGCACGGCAACCAAUCCAAUAACCCUCCUAGAGAUCCGGCCGACUGAACUGAAACGUGUCGCAUUUUCGCGAGAGCGAGCGGACUUUCCCGUCCCUACACAGAGGGAGGAGGUUUUGCUUUCAUUUUGAGCAAGCGGUGCUUUUUCAUCAAUAUACAAUAUUAAAAAUGCUGUAAAUAGCUCACCAGCAUCUCACUGGAUGAGUGGGUGUUCGAGCAGAAUGAGAGUGACGCGUCGAUUCCUAUUUAUUUAUUUAUGUAUUCAUUUACAUAAUGGCCUCCUUGAGUUCAACAACACGCGGUGGUCACUGUACAUCUGUUUGGUUUGCUCAGCUUCUGUAAUUCAGUUCACUGCCGACAAGUCUUCUUUUGGACAAUUAUAAAUGAGUAUUUAAGUAUAGAACCCAGCUGAAAGGAACACCAUUAAUGGACAAAAGCACAAGGCCAGAGUCGCCAGCCUCUAGACUGUGUGUGGAAGCUUCUAGAGAACAUGAAGAUGAGGUCACAUGUAUAUCCUAAAAAGACAAUAAACUCAUUGCCUUGGA